AUGGCAUCAUCGAGCUGUGGGAAGUGCGAUCGUUUGGAUACGGAUGAUAUGGUAGCUUGCGAAUCAUGUUCGGCCCGAUUCCACUGUGACUGUGUGGAAGAGUCCCCAGGAGCGACCAGCCGAAAAUUUAAGUGCGAUGUUUGUCUUUCCAAGAAGACACGGAAAACCACAACUAAAAAGCCUACCAAAGUUGGUGAUUCGAGUGCUAAUCUUCCGCUCACUCAAUCACUGGGCGCUAUCCGAGAAGUCUGUGGUAAUUUAGCCGUGCUUGUGGAUCCUGUUUUACCAAUUCCUCCAGUGAUGAGUGAAAAUUAUCCUCGAACACCCGAUUGUGAUCAAGCCACGAUCAUCUCCCAAGGUCGUCAUACUGCUGGCCUAAUGGAACUCGAUUUUGAUCAGGAGCUACAGAAAAUGAGGGACGAAAUGGAACGUAACGAGAGGAAGUUGGAACAGGAACGGGUACUACGUGAGAAGCAGCUGGAAUUCAAGCGUCAGUAUGCCGAAAAGUGCCAAAAUCAGGAGAAGCAGCUCCAACAAAAACAACUCGAGAUGGAGAAAUCCAUAUUAGCGAAGAAAUUAUCUGAUGAAAUGGAAUUCCAACAACAGCAACGUGCACUCCGGGAAGACUACGAGCGAGCCCGUAGUGAAAUGCUGUCGGUCAGCCAAGAAGAAGCUAUAGGUGGAUACGAUCCGAUCAAGGAACGAGAUGAUCUUUCUGGUAUCGAGAAAGUAAAAAAGUGGCUUCGGGAUGACGAACCGAAACAAAUCAACGAUGCGGUCAACCCACAUACGGGUUAUAAAUUCGAACGUCCAACAUACCCGAAGCCCCUUGCAGAAAAAGUACGGACACGAAUUUCAUCUGAGGACGAGUCUAGCGCCAGUGAAUUUGAUGAUCACCCCCCGAGAGCUGGUGUCGUAAAAUCCAUCGUUGAUCGCGAGCCGCUGCCAGGGCCGACAAAGGCACAGCUUGCUGCGCGUUCAGCUUUACUUCGAAAUUUGCCAACCUUCAGCGGAAAGCCAGAGGAAUGGCCGCUUUUUAUUAGCUCCUACAAAAAUUCAACCGAAGCUUGCGGUUUGUCGAACCAGGAGAAUUUAGUGAGACUGCAAGACUGUCUCAAAGGUCCCGCUCUUGAGUCCGUCCGCAGCCGAUUGAUGCUGCCGUCGUCAGUACCGAAGAUUAUUGAAAUGCUCCGUGAAGUGUACGGCCGGCCGGAGCAGCUUAUACACUCACUGCUUAGCAAAGUAAAACGAGCCGCUGCACCGAGGGCUGAUCGCCUAGACACUUUCAUCCAGUUUGGAAUGGUUGUCCAGGAAUUAUGCGACCAUCUAGAAGCAGCUGAGCUCCACGAUCACCUGGUGAAUCCCACCCUGAUCCAAGAGCUAGUCGAGAAGCUGCCAGCAGCCACCAAGAGAGAGUGGGUCCAAUUCAAACGCGCCGAAGGGAGGACUACCCUCAGAACGUUCGCCGAUUUUACUUCAAAAAUCAUGUCUGAAGCUAGCGAAGUAACGUUGGUGGUGGACCAGAAGUUUUCUGACUUUCGACUCAGUGAAAAGCCUAGAUCAAAAGAAAAAGGUUUCCUUCAGGCGCAUUCCAGUGCAGCUGUGGGGAAUCCAUUCCCGGUACCAUCGAUUUGUCGUUUCUGCAGAAAGGAUAAUCACAGAAUCCGAAACUGUGAUGAUUUCCGAUCACGUCCCCUGAAGGAAAGAAUCAGACUGAUGACCCAGUGGAAGCUUUGUGAGCGAUGUCUGAAUGAGCACGACGGAUGGUGCCGAUUCAAAAUUACGUGCAACGUAGGUUCCUGCCGUCAACAUCAUCAUCCACUAGUACAUCGUGAUUCCCGAGAACCCCUACCAGCAAGGCAACAUUCUGUGCGAUCAAUGGAUGAUUCUCCCGCUCAAUCUCCCAUGCCAAUGAACGCCCAUCAUCACACGAAAUUUCCCGUUAUUUUCCGAAUGGCUCCAGUCACUCUACACAACGGUAACCAUUCAAUAAAAACGAUGGCAUACAUUGACGAGGGUUCGUCAAUCACAUUGAUCGAAGACAACCUAGCACGAGAGUUAGAAUUGAAAGGCAUUCCCCAACCGCUGACUUUGCAGUGGACCGCAAACGUAGUUCGGCACGAAGCUCUCUCCGAGUGUGUCUGCGUAGAAAUUUCCGGCGAUGGAGGUGAUCGUUUCCAGCUGAGUGAUGCGCAUACGGUUAAGAAGAUGCACCUACCGCGUCAGCUGAUCGACUUUCAACAAAUUUCGAACCAGCAUCCACACUUGCGUGGUCUGUUUGCUGCUACCCACACUGGGGAAGAGCCACGAAUAUUAAUCGGCUUAAAUAAUGUUUUCCUGUUUGCGCCGCUCGAAUCACGAGUCGGUGAUCCGUCGGAGCCGAUCGCUGUCCGCUCGCAUCUGGGGUGGACAAUUUACGGGCCACGAAAGCCACAAGGUUGCUCUGUGUUUGUUGGCUGCCAUGACGAGAUGCGUGUUACGAAUCUAGACCUGCACGAUCAGAUUCGUACUUAUUUCCAAGCCGAUGAUUCGGGUUUUCUGGUGAAAGAGUUGCCGGAGUCCGACGAUUUGAAGCGAGCUCGUUCCAUCUUGAACCGCACUACCGUUCGAGUUGAUGGACGCUACGAGGUUGGUCUUUUGUGGGCAAAGGACGAUAUUAAGCUCCCAGACAGUUUUGCUAUGGCUUUACAGCGAGAGAAACAUUUCGAGCGCCGUUUGAAAAAGAAUCCACACAUCGAGCAAGUUGUUCGCCAGCAAGUUGAGGCGUACUUAUCGAAGCGCUAUGCGCAUAAAGCUACGCCUGAAGAAUUAGAUUCUGCAGAACCGGGAAGAAUUUGGUACCUCCCGUUAAAUUAUGUCGAGAACCCGAAAAAGCCGGGUAAAGUGAGGUUGGUGUGGGACGCCGCCGCUCAAGCGCAUGGAAUAUCGCUCAAUUCCGUACUUCUACCGGGGCCCGAUCUCCUCACAUCCCUUCCAGCUGUAAUUCAACGAUUCCGAGAGCGAAAGGUUGCUUUCGGAGCGGACCUCCGCGAAAUGUAUCAUCAGAUACGCGUGCGGGAGCAGGACCGCCAAGCCCAACGGUUUCUCUUCCGAAGUAAUCCCAACGUCGAGCCCGAAAUUUAUAUUAUGGAUGUCUGCACGUUCGGGUCGGCGUGUUCCCCUGCCGUGGCUCAGUUCGUGAAGAAACUGAAUGCUACUCAAUUUGUCGACAAGUUUCCCGAAGCCGUUGGCGUUAUUGACAGGCGUCAUUACGUCGACGACUAUUAUGACUGUACCGAUACCGAGGAACAAGCGAUCACCCGAGCGCAGCAAGUGCGAUACAUACACCAGCAAGCAGGCUUCGAAUUCCAUGGCUGGGUUUCGAACCGCAAGUCUGUUCUUCAAGCUCUCGGUGCCCCUUCGACUCCGGAAGUGGCGUUAAGCGACCCCAAAACCAGUGGCACUCAGCGUGUUUUGGGAAUAAUUUGGAAACCGGAAGAAGAUGUUUUUGUUUUUUCUACCGAUGUCCGAACUGAUCUACAACCAUAUUUCUACAACCAAAUCAGACCAACGAAACGCAUCGCGCUCAGCGGAAUCAUGAGCCUUUUUGAUCCGCUAGGAUUCUUGGCGCCAUUCACUAUUCUCGGGAAGCUCCUACUCCAGGACCUUUGGCGGACCGGGUGUGAAUGGGACCAGUUGAUUGACGACGAUAGCUUCGCAAAAUGGCAACAAUUUACUUCCUUCAUGCCAGCUGUUGGGUCCGUGAAAAUCGAACGCUGUUAUCUGCAAACUUUUCCCCCGGAAGCAUACCGCACUUUAGAAUUGCAUACGUUUGUGGAUGCCUCCGAACAGGCGUAUGGGGCAACAUCUUUCUUUCGCAUUACCGAGGGAAAUAGCUACCGAUGUUCACUAGUCAUGGCGAAAACUAAGGUGAGCCCGCUUAAGCAGUUGUCAAUUCCCAGAAUGGAACUGUGCGCUGCAGUUCUCGGCUCUGCACUUGCUAACAAAAUCGAAUUCGAACACGAUCUGAAGGUGACGAAGCGAGUGUUCUGGUCCGAUUCCCGGACAGUGCUAUCUUGGAUUCGCUCCGACCAACAACACAAAAAUCGACGAAUGGCGAUGGGUGCCAACAAAACACAACAUCGCUGA